UGCCAAAGCCGGUGGGAGGAGGAGGAGGAGGAGAAAAGAAGGCCCCCUCCUCCCCUCCCCUCCCCUCCCAGGCCUCCUUUCUUCAAAGGGGCAGCCAAGGCCUCAGGAAGAAGAAGAGGAGGAGGAGGAGGAGGAGGUCCCCUGCCCAGCCCUCCAGCCAGAGGCCCCACCGGCCACAGAGGCAUCACGGCUUUAAGCGGGGCGGGGUCCGGGAGACCCCUCCUUCCCUCCCUCCCUCUCUCCCUCCCCCACGUGGCCUCCGAGCUGCUGCUGCUGCUGCUGCUGGACUCCGGAGCAGCGCGGGCGGGACAGACGCUGGUCCCAGGCGGAGAGGAGACACCCGCCGCCUCCUCCUCCUGCUCCCCUUCCUUCUUCUGGGGCUCCUUUCCUUCCUUCCUGCCCCGACCAUGACCCAGGGCACCCGGCGACGACGACGGAGCCUCCUCGGGGCUGCCCAGCCUCCAGGACCCAGAGCCGAGGAGUGAGUCCAAGCGGAGGAGGAGGAGGAAGAGGCGAAGCCGGAGGAGGAUGCCCCGCGUGGUCGGGAGCGCUCUGGCCGGGCUGGGGCUGGUGCUGCUGCUGGGCUGGGCUUCCCUGGCGGGGCUCCGGAGCAAAGCGGGGCUCUUGGAAGAGGAGCGGGCGCCUCAGCCCUCGCGGCCGGGCACUUUGCGGGCGCUGCUGACGGUGCCCCAGGAGCCUUCUCCUGCGGAGGGGCCUCCUUCUCCUCCUCCUCCUCCUCCGUCGGUGCGCGGCGGGGUCUUCUGGAGCCGGGCGCUGGAGGCGCAGGUGCCCCGGGGCUUCUCGCGGGCCUCGUCGGCGGCGUGGCUGCGGGCGGCGCGGGGCUCGCGGGUGCUCUCCUUGGAGCGGGGCGGCUGCGGGCGGAGCUCCAACCGGCUGGCGCUGCUGUCGGACGGGAGCCGGGCCUGCGUGCGCUACGGGAUCAACCCGGAGCAGAUCCUGGGCGAGGCGCUCUCCUACCACUUGGCCGGCCUCUUGGGCAUCCAGGAGCGCCUUCCGCCGCUGGCGCUCUCGCGGGUGGGGGCGCGGCAGUGGGCGCUGGUCGGGGAGGAGCUGCGGGGCUCUCCCUGGGCCGAGGGCGCGGUGGUCAGCCUGGCCCGCUGGGUGGAGAACCUGACGGAGGUAGUGGCCCCGGCGCCCUGGCGGGCCUCGGGGGCACCGCUGCUGCCGGGGCUGGGCCCGGGGGCGCUGGCGGGGCUGGGCCGGGCGCAGCUGGUGGAGCUGGUCCAGUGGAGCGACCUGAUCCUCUUCGACUACCUGACGGGCAACUUCGACCGCCUGGCCAGCAACCUCUUCAGCCUCCAGUGGGACCCGCGCGUCAUGCACCGCGCCACCCGCAACCUGCUGCGCGGGCCCGACGGCGGCCUGGUCUUCCUGGACAACGAGGCCGGGCUGCUCCACGGCUACCGGCUGCUCUCCGCCUGGGAGCCCUACCACGAGCCCCUGCUGCGCUCGCUCUGCCUCUUCCGCCAGGACACCGCCCGCGCCCUCCGCGCCCUCCACCGCCGCAGGGACGCCGCCCGACAGCUCCGCGCCCGAUACCGCGCCCACGAGCCCCUGGCCCCCAGCCUCGGCUUCCUCUCCCCCGAACAGGGCCGCCUCCUCCAGGAGCGCGUCGACCGCGUCCACCGCCACAUCCUCCACUGCCGCGCCGGCGCCAGGGCCAAGCAGACCGGGCAAGGGGACGCCCUCUGAGGAGGACACACGGCCCCGGGCCGCUCUCCGCCGGCAGAAGGGACGCUGUCGCCUCGGCCUCGGGCUGAGGGAGGAUGACCGGCACCGCUUGGGCUUCCGCAAUCAUGGUCUCCAGAGUGUCUGACUUGCGCCUCUUGGGUUUCCGCAGUUGAGCCAGGAUUCGAACUCCGGUCUCCAGAGUCUUGCUCCAUCGCUCCAACCACUAGGCCGCCUUGGCUGGAUGUACAGGAUCAAGAGAAGCCCUGAGUGGUAAAAGGGGGGGGGAUUUCCCCCCUCCUCCCACCUUAAAACCCCUCUGGCUUGGAAGAAAAGCGAGGCUGGGUCCUGAGACUUUCUGGUCGAACAAGCCCCGAAAGAAAGGGACUGCUGAGGGCCUUUUGGGGGGAAGGAAGCUGAAAGAGGGAGCCCUCCCUGGGACUCUGCUCAGAGACAUGCUUCUGCUGGGAGGAAAGAGAGCCCCCCACUUUGUGCUCAGCCUCUCUCUCCUUGUGACCCAGCCAGUCCUGCCAACUUCUCCCAUCCCUCUCCUCAAGAGAUUGAGGCGCAUUCUCCCCCCCUUUUUUAAAGUAGGAGGUAGAAUGCUGGCCCUCUGCUUCUGCACUAUUGUCUGUUCUAAGACUAGGCCAGAAAAAAUCACCUUCCCUUGCACAUUUUUGUCUGAAAUCAUGUCCCAAUCUGCAUUGAGAGACCAGCAAAGGGCCUGGGAGUAUCUGAUGUGUAGUUGCUGGCAUUGUGGAAGGGCCACUUGUCCCUUGCGGAUACCCCAUGUGAGACCAAGGUACCAUUCUAAUAAGUAUACCUUUUAAGUCCUAUCUAUUUCACUCUUAUUAGUUUUACACUGGCUUGUUCUUUCCAGUGUGUCUUUCCCUUAAGAGCUUCCCUAAAAAUUCAUUUAAAAUGUUUAAAAAGUUGUCUGUAGUUGGAAGGAACCAGCUGCCGGUUUUGGUCCAGAGGAGGGACCAGAAGUCACAUCUACACUCUUUACAAACAUCCUUUAAAGACUCAGCAGCAUUUGCAGUCCAACAUCUGAUUCCAUGAUCCACUCUGGGGGCUUUCCCCCCCUUCUGGAUCUUCUCAGCUUUGCUGGACGUAGACUUGAUCCCCAAAGUUACCAAGUGUGUAGAAAAAGUCCCAGUUCCACUGCCUCUUCAUUUUAAUCAGUCAGAAGCAUCUGGAAACACUCCUGUUUCUCAGCGUGUCUGUUUUAUAUGUAACCACUACUGUACAAUAAAAUAAUUGACUAAUGGGCUGACAGCGGAGAAAGGAUUCCCAGGUUUAUAGUAUUGUCGGUGUAGUAAUAUUUUGAUGCAUUAAUCUGGACGAGGGGG